UAUUUAUUAGUUUGUUUACUAUAAUUAUCGCCUCUUCUUCAUAAUAAGAAUCUAGAAGUACAUAUUUUCAGUUUAACAAAUGGCUCCACAUACGGGUACAGCUACUCCAGAGCAAAUUGACGUACUUCUCAAUUUCUUGGACGAGCAUAGGGAUCUUGCUCGUGGAAGAUUGAGGGGUGCCGAUGGCAAUGUCCAAGCUAAGAGUCUGUGGGAAGAAUUGUGCAAUUCACUCAAUUCUAUGGGUGGUUGUACAAAAACAAUCCAGCAGUGGCAAAAACCUCACAACCUGCACAAUCUAGAAGGAGACAAUCGGCUACUGGCUCAGAUGUCAGGAGGAGAUUGUUUCAAUUGGAAGAAGAGCGUGCAGGCAGAGAGACAGCUCUAAACACUGAGCUUGCAGGCAUCAGGGUUGCCCUGGAAGAGCUGUGUGGACUGAUGAGAAAAUUUUUAGAAAAAUAAAAGUGUAUUAUAAUUUGGCAAAUGAGUUUUAUUCACUAUUAUUUAUUUAUUUAUAAUACAAUGUUAACCUAAAAUAC